CAAAAUUAAAUAUACAAUAUAUGGACUUAUAAUAUGAGGAAGGAGAGAUCUUAAAAAAUGAUAAAUUAGAAGGUGUAGAUAGCGAAUCUUCAUUACGUUCAAUUGUAAGAAUUUCUUAUGAACUUAGAGUGACACUAUUAGAGAUGAAAGAGUGCAUAAAAGUAUAAAAGAUGAAUUAAGUUCAUCUUCUUAUGUUUGUCCCAUAUUUAAUUUCAUAGGCUAUUGUACAUAAGAUGAAUGCAAGUAUUAUUAUUUGUAUUACGAAAGAAAGAGACAUAUCUUUAUAUAAGAUGGAGUAGAUCAAUUAAUUAGUGAAAAUCAACCAUUAUUGGAUAUUUUAGUAAGGAAUGGUGAUAAAGUGAGAGUUCCUUAUUAAAAAAUUCUAAAUAAAGAAAUUCACACCAUUAGACAUUAAAUUAUCAAACCUAAAGUGGUAACUAAUUAUACUCUUGGAUUAUGUGAAAAAAACAAAAAAGCAUUGACAAAUAAGUUAAGAAAAGAUAUAGAUAAAAUGUAAAAUAAACUUAAGCUUAUAAACUAUUUGAAGAAAUGGACUUUGCAUAACUUUGUGGAUGAGAGUGAUUUUGUAGAAUUAUACUAUUCACUCAACCCAACAUAGCAAAUACAUUUUAUGAAUAUUUUUAGAGUUCUUGAGUUAUAACCACCUUUAUUUCAAUGA